UUGCAGAAGUUUAUGUCUCAAAUUGUGCUCGAUUAAUAAAACAUUAGGAUUCGUCGAAUAAAUUUGUCAUGAGUUAGAAAUGUGAUCAUAAAUUUGCAGUGACGUCUAUCAAUUAAAGAGUGUAACAACAAAGGAUUGUUUACGUCGUUGGAAAAUUAAUUAAAUAACCUAACAUGUCUGCUACCCCUCCAUUGACGGUCACUUUUUUGCCAAUAAUUUGUUAACCACACCAGAAGAGAAUGAAUGAUUAAAAAAUCGUCGAAAGUAAGUACGAAACGAAAUACCGCGUAUGCUCAGAAUUCUCUACUCUAGGUGCUUCCCACCCCACAAGUAUUUAAUAAUGUUCAGCAUAUUUUGAAAUAACAAUUUUUUUAAAAUGGGAGGCUCUGUGAGCCAGGUAUUCCAAUCGGGGAGCGCUUUGUUAUCAAAUGGCCAUGGACAUAAAGUCUCCGAAUCGACCAGACAAAAAGUACAAACUAUAUUUGACGCCCUGCGUGCCAAUCCUAAAAUUGGAGUUCAAAGAUUAGAAGGGCUGUUGCAGCAGAUACCCAAGAAUGAGAACAUCCUAGCAAUCCACGAUGACGCAGGGUACAACUUGCUGCAGAAAUGUGUGGGUGCCAAUAAUGUCGAAUUAGUUAGGUGGUUGUUGGCCCGACAUACUGCUGCAGACGUUAACAGGUUUCCUUGCAGUCUUCCCCUUCACAUCGCUUGUCUCAAAGGACAUGACGAUUGUGUUGAGUUGCUCCUGAAGCAUGGGGCAAAGUCUGAUGUAGAGGCCAGGAUGUGUUGGCCUGGGCCCCACAGUAGCAACUGUGAAGAAAGGGGGAAAUAUUCUUCUGCCAUUCAGCAAGAAGAGACAUGUAUCGAGAGAGACAGUAGAGAAAGAGUCCCCAGCAAACUCCAGUCUGCAAUCUACUAUGCUCUAGACGGGGACCAAGUGAAUAUUUUAACUAUGCUUUCACAACGAGAAGAAGACCCCUGGAACGGCAUAUUUCGUUCAAGAAAACCCCUACUUCAUGCGGCCUGUGAGAGAGGUGCCUGGCGGUGCACCCAAUUUCUCGUAACGGAGAGAUCUGACGAAAUACACAUCUUAAAAGACGAAUAUUACCCCAUCCACUAUGCCGUUCUGCAUGACAGCAAAUUUUUAGAGUUACUGAUAAACGCAGGUGCCGACACGACCGUUAGAACCUGCACGCAGCAAAUGACGCUGCUACACGUCGUUCUCCUCGUCGCGCACAAGUCAGCCGAAGACACUAUAUCAACGAUUCGACUUCUGCUCGACCACGGCUGCAAGGAGCUGAUAAACACCCCCGAUAGUUUAGGGAAUACGCCUCUACAUGCCCUCAUAGUCAGGUACGCCUUGGAGGAAGCCCAGUACGGUUACGACAAGUGGAACAAGUGGGAUAUCUUGCAUUUGGUGCGCUAUUUGAUCCAAUCCGGGGCGAAAACUUCUAUAAACCAUACGGGGAACUCUGCGGUGGCUUGCGUCUUGCGUCACAUACGGGACUGGGACGUCUGUUACGAGUUGUUGCAAAUGCUGCUCACAGAGGGCGAUCCUAAUAUGGUGGGGAGGGACGGUUCGGUGCCUUUAAUGGUCUGUUUGGUACCCUUGAUCAACAAAGAUCCACUGCAUCAUUUUACACACAGUAUGAAGGUCUGUUACUUAAACUGCAUAAGAAUCCUCCUGGAAAAGGGUGCGAAUCCGAACUGUAGCUACAGGGCGAACCUCACCCCUUUACACGUCCUGGUGUUUACCGUGUCGGAGAACAUAACCCUGAACUGUGACAUACAGAAAGAAUUGAACUUCGAGUUCAUCAAGAACUUACUCAUACUUCUCCUGAUGCACGGUCUGGAUCCCAAUGUCCGGGUCAGCAUACGCACCCAGCACAUCCUGCAGUCGUGCAUGGACAUGAUCCAGAACGUGCGCGAAUGUAAAGACAUCCACUACGUGUACGACCUUACGCUUACUCUCAUCCAAUACGGCGCGAAUCCGGAUCUGAGCCUGAAUAUGUCGGAAGCAAUAAAGAAUCACCCGUUACACUCGCAGAGCAUCUGGAAGACGAAGAACUACAUACUGUACUACUACAUAAUGCUGAUUUCGAGGAAGGAGAACUUAAUCACCGAUCCGAACAUAAGUUUUGCGAAAAUCAUAAUGUUGUUCUAUCACGUGAUGCAGCACAAGCCGCUCUUCGAGUGUCUGAAGAUCUUGCAUACUCAGCAGUUGAGUUUAGUCCCGGGUAAGAUGACCGACCCGCUGACUUUCAUCAUUCGGGAUCUUUACAAACGGCCCAGAACUCUCAAGCAGAUCUGCCGUGUUAAAAUCCACAACUGUCUGGAUCGGAGACCAGGGCUCUAUAUCAACAAGCUGAACCUACCGAAUCAGUUGAAGGACUAUUUGUUAAACUUUCAGCCGUGAGUGUGACGGUGUGCAUGAUUUCUGAAUGGGUUUGGAAUUAUUUCAGAUGUGGAGCGUUUAGAUAUUUUACAACGAAAGAAUAAGGUUUUGCUAAACUUAGUUCGUUUUAUUCUAAUAGGGCGUUAACGAAAAAUAUGUGAAAUUUUAAAUUUGCAGGGUGUAACUUUGAUUAGGGGUCAUAUUUAUAUGAAGGCUACGUUUGGCAUUUGCUUUGUUUUCUCUAAUUCUGUUGUGAAAAUUUGAAAAUUUCAGUCUAUUUUUUAAACUUAUUUUCAUAAUUUUCAUACCCCGCUGCUGGACAGGCUAACGUAACCUCAAAUAACAGCAUGCGCAUUGUUGUCGAAUCAUAUCACAGAAAUUUAACAAUGAAGAUACAUAAACACAUUAUACUGAAAAACUAUUACCUCAUGAAGAAAAUCGUGACAUUACAAACAUCGAUAAGAUGAAAACUACCAGAAUUAACGUUGUCUUUGUUGUUUGCCCACUUAGUGAUCUGUUGUCAUAUCACAUCAGGUGGAUUAUUAUGUAGUUCACCCAAACUGGGUUAGUAUCAAAUAAUCGUUGAGUCUGAGAUUCACAAACUAAACACGGUGCUUCAAAUCUGUAAAUUAGUAAUUUAAUUUAUUUUUAUUACAUAAAUUUUAUAAAACAUCCAAAUUAGUUAUUUUUAAACAUAAAUCAGUUUUUGCAUGACCACUCAUUAGUUUAAUCAACCAUGGAAAAAAUAAAAAAAAUUUUAAUCAUUGGCAUUAAAAAAAUAUGGUGACUUUAAAAUAUGUCGCAAGAGCAAUCUAUUUUUAUGAAUUAAUUUUCCAUUGCAAUUUCGUUCUCUGCCAUUCCGUUAUUGUUAUACAGUAGAUAUAAAAAGGUAACUACAGGCUACACCGAUAAGCGUGCACAUGCAUCAAAGUUCGAGAGCUGUUUAGUGACGGCGUAGACAAAGAUUUAAGUGUAGUUUAAAAAACUGAUUAUAACUCGUCUAUUUAUGAUUUAAAAAAAAUGAUUUCAGAUUAGAUUCUGGGGAACACCUAUAAUUACCCCCAAAAAUGAUUCCCCCUACUUAAAGUUACAUCCAUUAUACCACCCCUGCCACAACUUUUUCUUAAAAAUAUAAUUCGUAGCAGAUUUCUUGACCACAAAAACAUUUGCAGGCAAUAAAAUUUGAUAUUAGCAGUGUCUCAUAUUAACGUAAGAUUCACCUCUAUCUGUAUGGAAGCGGGGGAGGUGUAUUAUUAUUUCGAAGGACGUGAAAUCAUUGCGUCUUGGCGUCUUAUUAUAUUGUGCCUAAUUAGAUUAUGAUCUAUUCUGAUUUUUUACAAUUCUCUUCUUUAAAAAGUGGAAUCGAGUUUAAAAGAAAACGUCUUAUGAAUCAUAGAAAGUUUCUGAAAUACUUCUAAAACGAAUUUAAAAAUAAACAUUUACGACUUUCUCUAAAUAUAUUCAUUUUAAGUUUUUAAUGUGACGUGGUCCUCUCUAGGAAUUUCUUUCAAAUACUGAGGCGUAAUUUAUUCAAAGUCCAAAGUACCAUUUUCUAUAAAAAUAUCGGUAUAAAGUGUUUGAGAAUUUGUUAGGGCUCUCGUAAAUGUUUAAAAUUAAUGUGUUACUGUUACAUUUUCAGAAAUUUUAAAUUUAGCCAAGUAUUAUUAAGAAUCUGAAAGAAAUUUAUAUUUAAAAAACUCAAAAUCCCGGGAAUGAGUAAGGAAAGACAAUUUUUUUAUUUUUCUAUAAACCUGUUAUUAAUUCUAUCCAAUAGUCUAUUUUUUCGUGUCGUAAAAAGGUAAGUGAAUUUGCUGUACUCCCUGUAUAGAAUGAAGGAUAUUUUUAAAAAAUGACAAUAUCUUUCUCUACUCAUUCCUACAUCUUAUUACGCUUCUGAGCUGUGUUCGUGUUGAACAGGGUUUUGUGCAGAUUAGGUAUCAACAAGAAAACUUAGAAAUCGUUUGAAAUAAUUAUAAAAGUGCCUCAUUUUAUUUUUCACAUUUUACACUAUUUAGUGACUUCUACAUUAAAGUAUAGGCUAUAAAUAAUUAUUUAGUAUAGUCAAAAAUGCAAUUCAAUUUGAUGAAUGGUUUUAAAUAGAGGGUGUUGCAACAUACCAUUGACAAAUUUUUGCAUCAAAAAUUUAAAAAAUCAUAUGGAGGUAGAUCUGCAAACGCUCCGAUUUUGAGAUACAGAAUGACAAAGUUUUAUUUUACACUUUUUUUAAAUAUAUUCAAACUGGGUGCAUUCAAUAAUUUUUUGAAAACUGAUGGAAUUCAAAUUUUGUCAUUUUGACUUCAGUUUAUCCUUUAAUUUUUCGCUCGUAAUUUUAUUUUGUAUUUUAUCACUUUGGCUCUAAGUAAAAUUUUGACGUAGUUUCAAAUCUGGUGAUCCAUUUUGUUUUAGAUUUUAUUAGCUUCCAUAUUUCUACUUUACUAUAAAGGUGAGCUAAUUCAAGCAAAUUUAAAAAACUCAUUUCAGAAUGCCUUUUCGUUCUAUUAAUAUUUACUAAUUUUAUUUGCAAGGCCACCUGAAUUUAUCUGGUAAUUCAACAUGUAAAACAAGUGGAAAUACACAGGACAUAGUACAAAGAAAGCGUUUGUGGGCCCACCUCCAUACCUUUUCUUUAGAGACCCACCUGUGUAAUUUUGUUGAACUUUUGUUGAUUGAUUUUUUAAAAUGUCCAAACAACUGGAAAAUUUAAAGUUCUUGUUCUUAGAAUUUGCGCCGUUAAAGGCAGUUGGAAUUAUGUCAUCAAAUAUAUUUUUUAUUGCUGUUUUAUUUUACAUAUACUAUUUUAAAUACCUUCCUAUUUGUUAACGAACAUAAUGUAGAUUUAAAAAUUUAAAGAAAUUUUAAGAAAAUAAGCAACAUAGUAGUAAUAUGCAUAUUAUUCUAGGCCCUAAUUCAGUGUUGUAAAUAAGGAAGUAAUAAAUAAUAUAUAAUAUAUCUGAAAAUGUGUAGAAAAGCAAAUAGUUUCAAAUUUUAAAAAAAUCAUAUUCACAAAUAUAGCUGAAAAGUUGUUUCUUGAUUAUUUUUUGUUGCACAAAUUUUAUAAUAUAGUUUCUAUAUAUUUUCCCAUGGUAUUUUUAAACAAAAAAAUGUAUGUUUUAUGUACUUUCUUUUACAUUAUUUAUUGAAUUCCAUUAAAAGAAAAAAUUGUAAGAGGAUACUAUUUUACCUAUGCAUAUCAGAAGUGGGCAAUACUGCCUCUUACGUUAGUUAAAAAUCAUUAAACAUAUUUUUCGUAUUACUAUCCUUUUUAAUGUUUCAGUCAUUUUCAAAUGUUUAUGCCCAUUUUUGCUUAUUAGAAUUGUGAGUGUGUAUAAAUUAAGAAAAAAUUGCAUUGGUACGAUAUUUAAUUUUCUAAAACAUUUUUUAAGUGAUUAAAAAAUCUGUCAAAGUCCUAAGGUUAACAAAAUAUCAGCUCUAUAAAAUUUAUAAUAAACUUAAGUAUGCCAAAUAUUACAUAAGAUGAAAUUGUAUAGUCUAUUUUACGUUAAGGUUAAAAUAUUAUGUGAUUAUUGUUGAGGCAUAUUGGUAUCAAUAUUUGGAUAAAAAUAUUUAAUAUAAA